AUGUGCAAUGGUGCAGCUCCUUCAAACCCCUGCAGUGAUGACCCCCUCCCAGCCUGCCCCAAGAAGCAGCUCAUCCUCAAGAUCAUUAGUGGACAGCAGCUGCCCACCCCUGACUCGAUGCUGGGGGACCGGGGAGAGAUUAUUGACCCCUUUGUGGAGGUGGAGAUCAUCGGCCUGCAGUGGACUGCUGCAAGGAGCAGAGCACGAGUAGUGGAUGACAACGGUUUUAACCCUGUGUGGGAGGAGAGCCUGUCCUUCACCCUCCACAUGGCUGAGAUCGCCAUGGUGCGCUUCCUGGUCUGGGACCACGAUCCUAUUGGUCGAGACUUCGUAGGCCAGCGGACCAUCGCCUUCAGCAGUCUCAUGCCAGGAUACAGGCAUGUGUACUUAGAGGGACUGACAGAGGCCUCCCUCUUCAUCCAUGUCUCUGUUCAUGACAUCCAUGGAAAGUGGAGUCCCCUAGUCCUGAACCCCAGCUUCACCAUAAUGCACUUUCUAGGAUCCAACAAGGGUCGUCAGCUGCGAGGCAUCCGGGGUCUAUUCAACCGCGCCUCCAAGUCCUCGGUUGACACCCACUCAAGCUCCACCCCCAGGAAGCGUUCUCUUAGUGACCAGCUCCUGCGCCGCACGGCCAGUGCCCCCGCCAAGGGCCGCAAGAAAACCAAGAUGGUGCUCGCAGAGUCGUCGUCCUGCAUCGCGGACAGGAAGGACAGGAAGGGCAGCGCCUCGUCCUCCGCCUCGGACAGGAAGGGGAGCGUCACUUCCUGUGUGUCGGACAGGAGAGACAGGAAGGGGAGCGUCACUUCCUGUGUGUCGGAGAGGAGAGACAGGAAGGGGAGCGCGGGGUCGGGGGUGGGAGGGGAGGCGGCGGGGGUGGAGAGACGUGCCCUGCCACCCCGACCCUCCCUGACCCAUCGACCGCUCUCCAUGCCCCUAGAGAAGAUGCUCCAGGGCCAGCUCUCGCUCUGCUCCCCCAGUCAGGAGCACCCGGACCUGGGCAUAGAGACUGUCAUAGGAACCGGCCCCGUGGACUGGCCUAGAUCCGCCUCCUUGGAUCUCCUCAUCCAAUCAUCUGCUUCUCUUCAACCCAGAGUCUCCAACCCUUCCACCCACCCCACAGAUAGGACCGGAGAGCCCGACCAAUCAGACGUGAUAUCCUACCUGGUGAUUGGAGGAGAAGCAGGAAGAGAUGAGGGGGAGGAGAGAGUGCGGAAUGGACCAACGAGAGACGAGGAUAUCUGCUCUCCUCAGAGGAAGUUGCGUAUCCAGAGCGACCCCGCUAAGACAGACAGCAGCCAUGUUUUCUCCCCUCCUUCAGAGACCGAUCACAGCUCCACCCUCCGCACUGCUGCCCCUCCCCCCUCCUCCUCCUCAGCACCCCCCCGCUCCCCUGUCAACGUGGAUCGCUCAGACCUGCGUAGCCCCGCCUCCUUACAGGACAGCGCCCUCUCACGACUCAUCGACGCCGUCUCUAUCGGCAACGACAACGACACCUGCGGGUCGAUCUCCGCUCUGAUUGGCCAGUUUGAUCUCACCGCCGACAGGAGUGACCUUGCCAUGACGACCGUAAAUGGCAGAAACCCUGGCCGCCACGUCUUCGGCAUCCCGUCCCCUCCCCCCCACCCUCUUCCCCUCCAUCUCCACGGUUUCCAGGGCUCCAGUACCCCCACCCAGACCCCCCCGGACCCCCCCUCGCCUCGCAGAACCCCAGGGAACCCCCUUUCUCCUCAUAAGGCAAACAAAACCUUCAGCUACACCGACAAAAUCACAGGCUGCUUCUCUCCUCAGAAGACGGCUCACACGCCCAACCACACGAGUCACCGGGAGGCCCUCUCUCCUUCCCAACCCCCCCUGGCGCCCCCCCCCGGCCCCCCUCCUCUCUUCAACAGCCCAGAGACCACGGAGCAGGAGGAGGUCUACACCAUCCUGGAUGAGGAGGUGCUGUCUCCCGUCUCGGUGUACAACCUGAGAGAGCAGACAAUCAGGAACAUCCAGGCUGACUCUGCGGAGAGCACCCCCCCAGCCAGUCUGGGUCCCUCCCCGAUCAGAGGGCCUCCUCCCCUGGGUAUGGAAGCCACGGAGGCCUGGGGGAGCUCCCCCACUUGGAGGGGAGUGCUGGAGGAGACAGGGGAGAGCUACCUGGACGGUUACGAGGACUCUGUCCCGGGGUUAGAGAGAGAGUGGGGCGUGACAUGGAGUCACACGCGCCCUCCCGUGAACGGGAACCACUUCCUGUUGUGUCAGGACUCGGCAGGAAGUAGUUUGAUGGAGGUGGAGGUCAACGUGGACGAGGAUCCGUCGGAGACGGCUGUGGCGUCGCCACGUCAUGCCCCGACCUGGAGACACUCCAGCCCCACCAAACGCCACGCCAUCUACCAGCAGAGCCGCUCCAAGCCAGACCUCCCACACCAAGACCAGCUCCCGCUGCGCUACGCUCCCCAGACGCAACAGCCCCUCUGCCCCUCCCCCCUCAGCCUUCCCUCACUCCAGCCCUCCCCUGGCCACGCCCCAUUGGCCUCCCAGCCCUCCCCUGGCCAUGCCCCAUUGACCACACAGCACUCCCCCAGACCGACCAAUCCCAGCCCUCUAUGUCGCACCAGCUGCCCCUCCCCCCACGACAGGGCGGAGCUGACCAAUGGCGGUAGAAAGUUCUGCAGGACAUUGAGCCAGCCACAUAGCUACAACCCUGGAGUCCUCCAAGAGGAGAGCCUGUCCAGAGAGCGAAGCCUGUACUCUCCCAGCUCUGACAGAGGCCUGUACUCUCCCAGCUCUGACAGCGAUCUCACUCACAGCCAGACAGACUACGGCUGCCUCCCCGGCUGUCUCCCCUCUGCCUCUGUGUACACCCAGCCCCCCACUCAGGCCUACAGCCCUACAGACAACCAGCCACACCCCCUUCCACAGACACACAUGGGCCCCUCUCUGACCCCUAGUCCUCAGCCGGGCCCCGAGGCCCCCCGGUCCCCCAUUGCUUCCAGCCCCUGCAAGUCUAAGUCCCUGGGCGACCUGACGUCUGAGGACAUCUCGUGUAACUUCCAGAGCAGGUACCACAUCAUCAGCCGUAGCUUCAUCACCCCGUCCAUGAGGGAGCGGAGGGGGGGGGGCCCCCUGGGGGGCCUCGGCAAGCGGGCCCCGUCUGCGGACAGCCUCACGGAGCAGUUGAGGAGGCUGGUGAGCCUGGAGGACAGCGACAAGCCCUCUCAGCCGCCCCGGCUGCCCCAGUCACUCCCCCAACUCCUCCCACCUUGGCAUCAGUCCCAGCCCCACCCCCAGUCCCACCCCCAGUCCCACCCCCAGUCCCACCCCCAGCCCCACCCCCAGCCCCACCCCCAGCCCCACCCCCAGUCCCACCCCCAGCCCCCCAUCUCCCCUCCAGAUCUUGAGGUUGAGGACACCCCGCCCCCCCUCUCCCGCCGGCUCUCCUCCCGCAGCCAGAGCAGGGUGCGUCACAUCAACAGCCGCGCCCGCGAGAGGCAGCAGGAGGCCCUGAAGCCCCGGGGAGGGACGCUGAACGGCGCCCCCUGCAGUAUGGGAGGGGUAGUGCUGCGCAACAAGCCGUCUUCCCAGAACCCCCCAGUGAACAGGCACUCCACCGGAUCCUACAUCGGGGGCUACCUGGACCACCUGGAAGCCCGGGGGCUGCCGGAGGGGGCAUGCACCAGCAUGCGCUAUGGAUACGGGGAUCACUAUGGAGAUCAGUACAACACUGAUGACUCACUGUUGACCUCCGACUCCCCUUGCUCCUCCUCUGAGCCUGAGGUCUACUUCCUGCUCCGGCUCUAGGGUGAAUAUGUCACGGUUGAGACAACGAUGGUCAUGACAACGUGGAAGUUGGGUUGUCACGGGACCAAUGGUGACUCGUUAGCUGCAGCAACAGGACCUUAAACUAGCGAAGAGCUCAUGGUAGCUAACUGUUGCACUCUUAAAAAAAAACUAAAUAGGGCAACGAUUGUAAAACCAAAUUAUCACACAAUUUGUUAUAAACAUUUCUUAAAUCUAGACAACUAUGUCGAUGUAAAUCCACUCAUUUUGUCAUCCUUUGUAAUGCAUUCUGUUAGUCAAAGCUGAUCCCUUGACCAUAAACAAUUUACUUCUGCAAAAUACACAGGCUAAUGGGUAAUAAAUCGGUUUGUCUCAUCCUACAUAUAUUGAUCUUAGCUCCUGCUAUAAGCACUGUAGACUUAAUGACCAUCGAGAAUACUCAGUACUCACUCGACAAUUGUCAUAAAUCAAAAAAUUCUUGAGCAAUGCCUUGUGAGCCAAGUGGAACUGAUUAAAAUAUGUAACUGUUCUUUGGAUCCUGUGGGCUUCUGACGAUACUGGCUGACUUCCGUCGAAUCACACAGAGACAAUGUCCCCCUACUUGCAAAUGUUACUUGUCAGUUCUUAAGUCUUACUUCCUGGUAAUGAUUGUAAAAAAAAAAGUCAUCCAAGUGCGUCCUGUCCAAUGAGGACGCACUUCAGUUGUAGAUCCUCUUCCUGGUUUGACAGUCUUACUGUAAAUGUAACCUGUAUAAAGGCUGUCUGUUCUGGUUCAGUGUGUGAAAUGUUUUUGGGAACAGAUUCCUGCAAAACUGCCCUACAUUGAUUGUUCAUGUUGCUGUCCUGUUGCAGUAGUUCUGUUUCCUGUUCAAACAAUGUAUAUUUACUAUCAAGCAAAAAAACAAGGAAACCUAAUGGGUUGUUUAAUUUAGGUCUCUGUUUUGUCUAUUGGUCUUUUUUGAGUUAAACAUGGUCAGAGAUCUUAAUCAACUGAGUCUUCCUUCUCUUUUGAAUGUUAUUUGUAAGUUUGGGUUGAUUUGGACAUCAUUUUCUUUUCUUGUUUCCAUAGAGUCCAGUUGUUGGUUAGGAACAAACUGUAAGAUUGUGUUUUCCGUUUUUCUGCAUGUUAAAUGUCAAGCAUGACUAUGCACCAACUAUUAGACAAUUGCGUACUACUGCCUUUGCACAGAACAAGACAAGUUGCAAUGAAUGCAAAACAGAAUGUAGACAUGCUUGCAAUUGGAUACACUACAGUACUAUAUGGUACAUCAACAUGCUUGCUCAGAUCUGCUUUUUCUUUUAUCAACAAGCUCUAAGAAAAUAUCCCCUCUGUUGCGUAAUCAAAACUUUAGAAGUUUAAAUGCUUUACUUUUUCUAAUUACUUUGAUAUGGUUUCAUGCUUGAGCUGGCUAAUAUUAAUAUUUUUAUUUUUUCGAUAGAGAGAGAGUUGCAAACAGAGGACCGAGGGUUUUAGAUGAACAAACAAAAGAGCAUUUUUUUGUUUUUGUUUUGUGUGUUUAAGUUCAUCCUCUCUUCUUUGUAUGAUUCCUCCACAGAUUACCGAGAGUUUCUUACCAAUGCAAUAAAAUCGGAGACACGUGACUUGAACAAAA